AUGUACCUCAAGGACGUCAGCUGCUACUCGCGUGCUGGGCAUCUCCUCGCGCUCCGCAGUUGCCUUGUUUCGUGCUGCUUCCUCGUCUUCUCUGCGGCUUUCUGUCGAGUCUCCUGCGCGUCGCUGUCUUCCCCCUCUUGUGCCAGCGCUUCGCCCUCUCGCUCGCCUGCGUCCCUCUCUGCUCACGCCUUCGCGUCGCACCUAGCUCGCGCGUCCGCAGGCGCCUCCCUCACCUCCGACCGCCGCAGCGCCGCUUCGCCUCAGAGCCUGACGCCCGCGGGCGCGCGCGCAGACGCAGCUGGCGAGCUCAGCCACAGCCUCAAUCGGUCAGCCGUCUCUGAGGAGAGGGUGCCCGCCAUGGCGCAGCCGCAGCCGGACGCGGGGAACGCGCCUGAUCAGAUUCAGGUCGCGUAUGUCACCUGCAAAGACAAGACGCAGGCCGAAGAGGUCGCCUCCAAGCUGGUCGCCUCUCGCCUGGCCGCGUGCGUGAACAUCGUGCCGGGCAUCACGAGCGUCUACGAGUGGGAAGGCAAGAUGCAGAAAGACGAGGAAGUCCUUCUCAUCGUCAAGACGCGAAAAGAGUUCGCGGCCGAGUUGGUUGCCGCCGUCCGGCAGCUGCACUCUUACGACGUUCCGGAGGUGGUCUUCCUCGACGUGGUCGGCGGCAACGAGCCCUACCUCGACUGGGUGCGGCGCAACACGCAAGCGAAGCACUGA